AUGCCGGAUGCCAACAGGACCGGCAUCGUUCCCUGCGUCACAACACCCAAUUUUAAUCGGCGAGUUCACGUCGGCCAGGCCGGGUUUCAGAUUGGCAACGCUUGCUGGGAGCUGUAUUGCCUGGAGCACGGGAUCCAGCCGGAUGGACAGAUGCCGAGCGACAAGACCAUCGGGGCCGGCGACGACUCCUUCAACAUCUUCUUCAACGAAACGGGGGCGGGCAAGCACGUCCCACGGGCCGUGUCCGUCGACUUGGAGCCCACGGUGAUCGAUGAGGUGCGGACCGGCACAUACCGGCAGCUCUUCCACCCCGAGCAGCUCAUCACGGGAAAUGGGGACGCGGCCAAUAACUACGCCCGGGGACACUGCCGACAGUGCACCGGACUGCAGGGGUUCCUCAUCUUCCACAGUUUCGGCGGCGGCACCGGCUCGGGCUUCACCUCCCUCCUCAUGGAGAGACUUUCCGUCGACUACGGUAAGAAAUCUAAGCUGGAGUUUGCCAUCUACCCGGCGUCGCAGAUCCCCACCGCCGUGGUCGAGACCUACAACUCGGCGCUGGUCACCCACUGCACACUGGAGCACUCCGACUGCGCCUUCAUGGUGGACAACGAGGCCAUUUACGACGUGUUCGUGUCGUCUAUUACCGCCUCGCUGCGCUUCGGCGGCACCCUCAACGUGGACCUGACUGAGUUCCAAACCAACCUGGUCCCCUACCCGCGCAUCCAUUUCCCGCUCGUCACCUACGCGCCGCUGAUCUCGGCAGAGAAGGCUUACCACGAGCAAUUGGCGGUCCCCGAAAUCACCAACGCCUGCCUCGAGCCAGCCAACCAGAUGAUGAAGUGCGACCCCCGGCAGGGCAAGUACAUGAAGUGUUGCAUGUUGUACCGUGGGGACGUGGUCCCCAAGGACGUCAACGCCGCCAUCGCCACCAUCAAGAGUAAGCGCAGCAUCCAGUUCGUGGACUGGUGUCCAACCGGGUUCAAGGUGGGCAUCAACUACCAGUCCCCGACGGUGGUGCCCGGGGGCGACCUGGCCAAGGUGCAACGCGCUCUCUGCAUGCUCAGCAACACCACCGCCAUCGCCAUGGCCUGGACCCGCCUGGACCUGAAGAUCGACAAGAUGUACGCCAAGCGGGCCUUUGGCCACUGGUACGUGGGAGAGGGGCUGGAGGAAGGGGAGUUCCAGGACGCGCGGGAGGACAUUGCGUCGCUGGAGAAGGACUAUCAAGAGGUGGCCCUGGAUUCCAUCGACCUUGCAAGAGCAGAGGAGGAAGGAGAGGAGUAGACGAUAUUACUUAAAAUUAAAAUAUUUAAUGAAAUGCCACAUUUAUGCAUCAGAGCAACGUUAGAUUUGGAAAGAAAG